CCUCCAUUUAACAUCCUUAGUUCUAACUCACUAAAAAUGUACUGCAAGCAGAUUCUUACCUUAACGUGUUGUUCUUAUUUCAGGCAUCAUCUUUGACUUGAAGACUGUCUUUUACUCUGACUUGGGUCUCCUGCCUUCUUUGUAUCUUUUUGGUGUGUGCCAGGCCAGCCAAAGACAAAGGAAUGAUAGUCUCCCAUUGCUUAAAUAGACCUUUUCCCUGGCUGGGAACUCUUUGUUCUACAUCCCCCUUUCCUUGGAGAAUAUACCAGGGUCAAAAUGGAAUCCCAGUACCAGAUGGUUGCAAAAUAAAAGCGUUAAGGGCCAAGACAAAUACUUAUAUUAAGACCCCUGUUCGUGGAGAAGAACCCAUUUUUGUCGUCACUGGACGGAAAGAGGAUGUAGCCAUGGCCAAAAGGGAAAUUCUCUCAGCUGCUGAACACUUCUCCAUGAUCAGAGCAUCACGCAACAAAAAUGGUCCUGCUCUGGGUGGGUUGUCAUGUACUCCCAACCUGCCAGGUCAGACUACAGUCCAAGUCAGGGUGCCUUACCGUGUAGUUGGGCUAGUGGUUGGACCCAAAGGAGCUACAAUCAAAAGAAUUCAGCAGCAGACCCACACGUAUAUAGUUACUCCCAGCAGAGACAAGGAGCCAGUCUUUGAGGUUACCGGGAUGCCUGAAAAUGUAGACCGUGCACGUGAAGAAAUAGAAAUGCAUAUUGCCAUGCGCACUGGAAACUACAUUGAGCUGAAUGAAGAAAAUGAUUUCCAUUACAAUGGUACAGAUGUGAGCUUUGAAGGAGGCACUUUCGGAUCUGCGUGGCUUACUUCCAAUCCUGUCCCUCCUAGCCGCACCAGAAUGAUUUCUAAUUAUAGAAAUGACAGCUCCAGCUCCUUAGGAAGUGGCUCCACUGAUUCUUAUUUUGGAAGCAAUAGAUUGGCUGACUUCAGCCCUACAAGUCCAUUCAGCACAGGAAACUUUUGGUUUGGAGAAACGUUGCCUUCUAUAGGCACAGAAGAUCUUGCAGUUGACUCUCCUGCGUAUGACUCCUUACCAACACCUUCCCAAACCAUCUGGACCCCUUUUGAACCAGUAACCCCACUCUCUGGCUUUGGUAGUGACCCUACUGGUAACAUGAAGACUCAGCGUCGAGGGAGUCAGCCAUCUACUCCUCGUCUGUCACCUACAUUUCCUGAAACUCUGGAACAUCCACUUGCUAGGAGAGUGAGAAGUGACCCACCCAGUACAUGCAACCAGGCUGGCCUUCCAAUAUACAUCCCUGCAUUUUCUAAUGGUACCAACAGUUACUCCUCUUCCAAUGGCGGUUCCACAUCCAGUUCACCACCCGAAUCUAGACGAAAGCAUGACUGUGUGAUAUGCUUUGAGAAUGAAGUUAUUGCUGCCCUAGUUCCUUGUGGCCACAAUCUCUUCUGUAUGGAAUGUGCCAACAAGAUCUGUGAAAAAGAAACGCCAUCGUGUCCAGUUUGCCAGACAGCUGUUACUCAGGCAAUCCAAAUUCACUCUUAAAUAUAUAUAGAUAUUAUAUAUGGACUUUUUAACUCUUAAAGGCAUGGGUGUAAUGAUAACCCCCUACCCCCCAGUAAACUUCCUAAUUAAUUCUGACUGUUACUGGGCUUUCUUGGGAUUAGGCUAAAGUUGUUAGUAAACUUAUGCUUUCUAAAAGGCUGCUACAGUAACACUAAACUUAGAUGGUCUCUGUCUGGUUUGGUUUAAACAGAUGGCACGUUUAGCAGAGAUACAUCAGGCUAUGGAGCAGAGGGAAAACUUCUAGAUCAAUUUCACAACCAAGAAAACAAAUUAAUUUUACAGGUUUUUUCCUAGUGAUCUGUAUUAAAGUGUUGGUAACUUCUAUGUUCUGGAGGCAAUGAACCUCAUAGCCUCAACAGAGAAUUAGUCUUCUCUACAGGGUUCGUGGUAUUACUGAUGUAUCAAAAAACACUUCCAAUGCUGCCUUCUUUACACUGCCAGUUUUGAAAUAGGUUUUGGGCUUUGUUUUAUUUUACAACAAUUUACGCCUAAUUCUCCAGUAUUGCAAAUAACUUUUUAAUGCAUAGUUUGAUUUUUUUUUUGUGGGACUAGAUAAGGUUGUUGGCAGUUUUAAAUAGAUCACUGUUUAUCUGGGGGGGAGGGGGAAAUGGGACUGCCAAAUUGACCUUCAUCCACCCCGUUUGUGAACAAUGGUAUGUUCAGAGGAUCAGGAAUGAUUUGGUCUCCUUCAUUGUGAAUUCCUACCCACUGCUUUUCUUAAUGUAAUGCGGAAUAGCCUGACUGGGGCUCGAUCCCAUUUCAAUAAGGGCUUUGGGGUGCACAUACUUUGGCGAAUAGUGAGGAUGCUAACAUUCCAUUCACUAGUCUGAUCAAGGUGUUCUUAAAUGACAUUUUAGAGAUUAUAUAAUUCAAAAUGUGAAGCAUUUUUAUGUUCAAUCCAUACUUGUCUUGCACAUUAUAUAAAUAUCUAUAUUUUAUUUUAGUAAUGUAAAGGAGAAAGGGGGAGGAGUGUAUGUGCUCUUGUCUAAUUCCUGAAAGCAGCUGUGACCAUGGCCCUUCAAUCAUUUUACAUCAUUUCAAAACUGUUUCCAAUUGCAACAAAAACUGUCUUUCAAAUGUGCUGCUUACAUUUCAACCUGUGGAUGCCUCUAGCAUCUUCAUCCUCAGUAUGUUCCAAAAUCUGUGCUGGUAAAUGAAAAAAG